GACGUCACGUCCGGCGGCGGGAGUUAGAGGCGGAGAGGGCCGGGCCGGGUGUCUCAUGGCAUCGCUCCCCUCGCUCGCUCGGCCCUGACGCUUAUGGUUCCGUCUGCCUGCCGGUAGCACAGCGUUGCCGGGCCGGUUCUCCGCCGCCUCCCGGAUCUCUGAGUCUGAGCCGGGUGUGUUUGCUCUACUCGAGGCUCACCUAAAAAAAAUCCCUCCAAGGAUGAAACAUGACUGACGACUCUCAGAGGAACUUUCGAUCAGUCUACUAUGAGAAAGUCGGGUUUCGUGGUGUCGAAGAAAAGAAAUCACUGGAAAUCCUCCUGAAAGAUGACCGUUUGGACAUCGAGAAGCUUUGCACAUUUAGCCAGAGGUUCCCUCUCCCAUCCAUGUAUCGCGCGUUGGUAUGGAAGGCGCUUCUAGGCAUCUUACCUCCGCACCAUGACACUCAUUCCCAGGUGAUGGCCUACCGCAAAGACCAGUACCAUGACAUCCUCCAUGCCCUGACAGUCGUCCGCUUCAUCAGUGAUGCCACGCCACAGGCUGAAGUGUAUCUUCGCAUGUAUCAGCUUGAAUCGGGGAAGCUACCUCGAAGUCCCUCUUUUCCUCUGGAGCCGGAGGAUGAAGUCUUUCUUGCCAUCGCCAAGGCCAUGGAAGAGAUGGUGGAAGACAGUGUGGACUGUUACUGGAUCAGCCGAUGCUUCGUGAAGCAGUUAAAUAACAAGUACAGGGACGCUUUACCUCAGCUGCCCAAGGCUUUCGAGCAGUACUUGAAUCUGGAAGACAGUAGGCUGCUGAGUCACCUGAAGACGUGUUCUGCAGUGUCCAAACUGCCUUACGACCUCUGGUUCCAAAGGUGCUUCGCGGGAUGCCUCCCCGAGUCCAGUUUACAGAGGGUCUGGGAUAAAGUCGUAAGUGGAUCCUGUAAGAUCCUAGUUUUUGUAGCGGUAGAAAUACUAUUAACCUUUAAAAUAAAGGUCAUGGCAUUGAACAGUGCAGAGAAGAUAACGAAGUUCCUGGAAAAUAUUCCUCAGGACAGCUCAGAUGCCAUCGUGAGCAAGGCCAUCGACUUGUGGCACAAACACUGUGGGACCCCAGUGCAUUCGGCCUGACAGCUCGUGACUACAUGGGCAGUCUGCAGGCCCUCCCUGAGCACUUCGUUCACAUCACCUGCUCUACCAACUGGUUAGAAACAAUAGUCUCACUGUGGUGCUCAAAAUGUAACUACCACCCCUUCCCCCAAUCAGUAAAAUAAUUUAAUCAAAA